GUGCAAACACAUAAUAUGUCUAUAUACGAACUGUGCCCGUUUCAUAAGAAGGGUCCUAGUUUGGAUGUUCAAGAUGUGGUUGGAAGCUGGAUGACGGUGUACAUGCAGCCGAAGUCUAUCGACUGCUUUAAAUUCCACAUAAGAGCUACGACGGAAUUGGAACGGGAACAGUACAUCAUAAAGUAUGGCGAGUUUGGUGGUCGCGUGGAUUGGAAUCUUUGUCGCCUGCAAGUGGAGUCACCAUUGGGCAAACACUUUCUGAUGGGCAAUGGAACGGAAUCCGGUCUACUGGAAAAUAUUAUUAUCAUUGAGGACAAAAACGCAGGUGAAUACUCAUUACAAAACCAAAGUGCGGACCAGUGGAUGGUAUUCGGCCGUCGAGGCAGUGAGGUGUUAUUGAUCCAAGAUUGCUACGGAGACACCGCGGCAGCGUUUGCGCGCGUCCCCUACUGGCCGACUGCGCCUGAACUUAGUGCAAUAUUCCAUCGCAGCGGAAUCGCUGCGCAAACGUACGGCCGACUGCUCUGCGAACCACGCAACAGCCAGAUGACCCAGCUUAAAACUAGUGAAGCAUACAAACAAAUCAGAAAUUAUUAACGACAAUGGCAUUGGCAUUAAGUGUUCCUGUCCCGAAAGAGGCUAAAAUUUUCAUGAUGAGGGUUAGGGUAUUUGAAUAAAAAUCGACGCGUAUUGUUUAA